GUUGGACAUUGUGCAACCUCUCAUAUUAAUGAGAAUUUGUCAUAUUUAGGAGUAUUGUCAAGGAGUACCCUAUGCAAAUAUAAGAUGUCUAACAAAUUUAUUGAUUUAUUUAAUGAAUAUGAAGAAAGUGUGUUAGGAGAAGUUGAUAAUUUGGUGAUUUCAAAACAAUUAAAUAUAAGAAGUAAUAUAAAUCAAAUUACUUUCGGUAAAGAGGAUCAAAUUUCAUUAAAUGUCGAAAUACCUAAAGAAAAUUAUAUAAUAAAUUUACCUCCUGCAAAUGCAGAUAUUGUUUUAACAGAAACUGAUCAAAAAAUAAAUGGAAUAAAAUCGUUUAGUGAAGUUAAAAUAUCAAAUUUAACUAUUGAGGAAUUGAAUUGUCCAAAAGCGGUAAUCGAACAAAUAUCUUCUAUUAACAUUAACACUCUUAGUAUUGAUUCAGAUAGUGUAAUAUGCAACAAAAUUAAUUCGGUCGCAGGAUCUUUUAGUGAUAAUCUAACUGUUGAAACAAUCAAUGCAAAUCAAAUAUCAUCUAAUAAUGUUAAUUCUAAUUAUAUUACUGCUUCAAAUGGAAGUAUUUCAAAUGUUUAUUCAAGCCAAAUAUACAAUUCUCAAAUUGUUUUCACUCCUUCUAUAAAUACCAAUACCAUCUCUCCCUUUUCUGAAAACGUUGUAAAUAUUGGUGGACAAACAAUAGUAAAUGAUAUACAGAUAAAUGGAAAAUGUAAUCAAAUUAAUUUUAUAAAUUCUCCCACUCCUUUAAAUUAUUUUGAAAUUUUUACCUUUAAUGGAAUUUGGAAAUUUGGAACUGCUUCAAUUCAAUCUCCUUUUAAAAUACAAAGAAUAGGAAGUUUAGUUUCCUUAACAGUAACAUCACCAAAAUUUACAAAUACAACUCAGAACUCUGCCAUUAUUUGUCAACAAUUUUUACCACCAAGAUUCUCUCCAACUCAAGAUCAAAUAGUGACUAUGGGAACUGGAGAGUCUGGAACUAUAUUUCCUGUUAGAAUUGUUUUAAUUGGUGGUGGGUUUACAAUUCAAUCCCAAAAUGGAUCUAUAAUUUCUGUAACAAAUGGAACAGUGUUCAUAAACUCUUUUACUUUGAAAGUGGUAGAUUCAAAUUCAAUCUUUUCUCUCAUUAAUUUAAUAUGGAACUGGAUACUUAGACAAUCUAUCUUAAGCUCUAGAUUCCCAGAUUUUUUAGAAAUUUUAGAGUAUGAUAUAGAUCUACGAAUAAAUAAUAUUGUUUAA